UUGAGCCAACAACACAGCAUCACCAGGAAAAUGGAGGCAGGGCACGCAUAGAGAAACACACACACAGACAGUGUCAGCAUCACUGGCUAAAUAGGAUGCUAUAAACAUUAAGGACAAUAGAAAAGAUGAUAUUUUGUGCAUUCAGAAAGUAGAGGAGUGCUGAUCUAACGAAGAAUCAGUAAAAUAUUCAUUGCCAAACACGAAGGUCACUUCCAGAGGAGGGAGUUAUGGAUUCUUCCUGCACAGUUGGUGAUGAGAGAACAUCUCCUCCAAACUCACUUCACAUCAGUGGAGCUGGUGGAGGUUCAGGUCACCGCAAACGUCGCACCCUUGUAGCCCCAGAUAUGAACCUGUCUUUGGACCAAAGUGAAGGGUCCCUGCUUUCUGAUGAUUUCUUGGAUACACCCGAUGAUCUGGACAUUAACGUUGAUGACAUUGAAACGCCUGACGAGACAGACUCCUUGGAGUUCCCAGCCAACGGAAAUGACCUGGAAUGGGAAGAUGACACACCAGUGGCCUCAGCAAACUCGGGGCCUUUAGAAGGAGUUGAAGAUGAGGGGGAUGUUGGAAAUGGUCGCUUGUGGAGGACCGUUAUAAUCGGUGAGCAGGAGCACCGUAUCGACAUGCAGCUUAUACGGCCAUACGUGCGUGUUAUAUCUCAUGGAGGAUACUAUGGUGAAGGUCUGAAUGCCAUCAUCGUGUUUUCAGCAUGCUACUUGCCUGACAGCAGCAGUCCAGAUUACCAUUAUAUCAUGGAAAACCUCUUCCUGUAUGUAGUGAGCAGCCUGGAGAUGUUGGUGGCUGAGGACUACAUGAUAAUCUAUAUGAAUGGAGGAACACCCCGCAGCAAGAUGCCUGGUAUCAGCUGGUUGAAAAAGUGCUAUCAGAUGAUUGACAGAAGACUGAGGAAGAACCUAAAGUCUUUGAUCAUUGCCCAUCCAUCCUGGUUCAUACGUACAGUCUUGGCCAUCUCCAGACCCUUCAUCAGUGUGAAGUUUAUGAACAAAAUCCGCUACGUGCACAGCUUAGAGGAACUGGAACAGAUUGUCCCCAUGGAACAUAUCCACAUCCCAGAAUGUGUCAUCCAGUAUGAUGAAGAAAGAAUUAAAGCACGAAAAGAACGAAUGGAAGAAGAGGGGGAACAUCAGACUCAAGAAAAACAAGAGUCAGCUGAUACAGAUGGACCAUCAACAACAACCACAACCACAACAAGAGUAGAAGAGCCACUCCUGUAAGAGAAUGAGAGAAGGCCUUCCUUUAAGUCAUUCCUACCUGCUGAUAUAAAUCCAGCUUCACCUUUUACUGUCUUACUAUGGAAUAUAAUCACACCAAUCACACAGCAUAAAAGCAGGUUUUAUAUAUAUAUAUAUAUAUAUAUAUAUAUAUAUAUAUAUAUAUAUAUAUAUAUAUAUAUAUAUAUAUAUA